AUGCGCACCGUGACAAGCGAGGCGUCGGUGGGUAUCACCGAGACGUGCACGCCGGGCCCCGGCUUCCGUGCCGCAACGAAGCAGCGCUACUCGGACUUCAUCGUCAACGAGGUGCGGCUGAGUGGCGAGCCGGUCCAUCUCGCAUCGCUCCCAGCUGCCGUCGCCCAGAAGGCGGCCGAGGAGGAGGAGCUGCCGCCGCCGGCCGAAGCAGUGGAGGAGCUCGCCGAGCUGCUGGGCGAGGGCCCCGCCGCGGCGGUGCUGCGGCUGGAUACGCACGAGCGCGAUGCAGCACGGGCGCGCGUCGAGGCACGCGCUUGGAAGCGGCAAAAGGGAGGCGGUCGAGGCGGCGGCUCGGAGCUGCUGCGCGAUGGCGUGCUGCUGUCUCGCGACGACGACAAGGUGCACCGCAAGGCGGUGCACGAGUGGAUCAAGCGACACCUGCCGCGCCUCACGUCGACCACCGAGGAAGAUGCCGACGGCGGGAAGUGCGUCCGAGCAGGCAGCCACCGGUACCUCGAGUUCACUCUGUACAAGGAGAACCGCGACACGCUGCACGCCAUCCUCCAGCUCGCUCAGUCGCUGCACGUGUCGCAGAACCUCUUCACCUUCGCCGGCACCAAGGACCGACGCGCCGUCACCGCGCAGCGCGUCUCCGCCUUUCGGCUGCCCGCGUCAAAGAUCGAGCAGCUCAUGGCGCGAAAGCCGUUUGGUGACUCGCUCGUCGCCAGCGACUGCACCAACGUGCAGGCGGCAUUGGAGGGCCUGCGGACACACGGCUUCCCAAACUACUUUGGGCUGCAGCGCUUCGGCGCCAACGUCGACGCUGCCACACAUGAGGUGGGCGCCGCUCUGCUACGCGCCGACUACCCCCAGGCGCUGCGGCAGCUCGACGAGGGAGACGCCGUCGCCGCGCUGCGCCUGCUGCCGCGGCGGCCGAGCGUAGCGCGGCAGCUUCUCGAAGGCUUGCGGGACAGCGGCUCGUCCAACGUGCUCGCGGCGCUCUCUCGGCUGCCGAAGAAUCUGCGCUCGAUGUAUUUGCACGCGCUGCAGAGCUGGGUGUGGAACCACGCCGCGUCGGAGCGCUUGCGCCGCUACGGCUGCGAGGCGGCGCCGCACGUCGUGACUGCGGAGGAGGCGGCCGCACGCACCUACUCCAUCGAGGAUGUGGUCUUGCCGCUGCCGGGGACCAAGGUGGUGAUGCCGCAAAAUGAGCUCGCCGAAGUGUACACCGAGCUGCUCGCCCGCCAGCGGCUCGAGCCCGCCUCCUUCCACCACAAGGUCAAGGAGAUGGUGAUGCCGGGCGCGUACCGGCGGCUGGUCCAGCGGCCGCGUGACCUCUCGUGGCAGUACUUUCGCUACACCGACCCGCGCGUGCCGCUCGCGCGCACCGAUUUGGCCCGGCUGCGCGGCGAUCCCGAGCCGCAGGGCGUCGCCGACGGGCCGCGCCUCGCAGUGGUGCUGCGCUUCACGCUGCCGCCGUCGACGUACGCGACGAUGCUCCUCCGCGAGCUGACCAAGCAAUCCACCGACCUCACGCAUCAGCUGGAGCUCAACCAGCCGCACGUUGCGCCAACGAGCGCCGAACAUGCAAAGGAGGAAUGA